CCUUCCCAGCCUCGACAUGACUCUCUCCACGGUGUUGCUGCUGUGCGGCCUGGUGGCCGCCGCGCGCGCGGGCUACGCCGCCUACCACCAGGCGUCGCCCGACUACCCGGACAGCUACCCGCAGUACGCCUUCUCCUACGCCGUCCAGGACCCGCACACGGGCGACUCCAAGUCGCAGCACGAGACCCGCGACGGAGACGUCGUCCAGGGCAGCUACAGCCUCGUCGAGCCGGACGGCAGCGUGCGCACCGUCAAGUACACCGCCGACCCCGUCAACGGCUUCAACGCCGUCGUGGAGAAGUCGGGCGUGGCGGCCAAGCCCGUGCUGGCGCCCGCCCCCGCCCCCGUCUACGCGCCGGCGCCGGUGUACGCCGCCGCCCCCGCCUACGCGCCGGCGCCGGUGUACGCCGCCGCCCCCGCCGCCUACGCCCCUGAACCCGCGUACGCCUACGCCAAGGCGCCCGCCUACUACGGCCACUACUGAGCUCUCCGUCCCCGUCCACCCUCGGUCCUUGUCUUUCCGUCGACGACUGCACGGUCCCGGUCGUCACCUAGAUCUAGUCUCCUACCCUUGACGGCUACUCUUCGUCUUUAUCAUCCUCAUCCUUGUCUUUCAGACGAUGACUCUAUGUCGCCCACGCAAACACCCACGUCACUUUCACACCUUCCCUUCCCCCCUCGUCGCUCCAUCUGCACCGCCUGUCGUCUAGCUUCCUAGGACCUCUCGUUAGGUCGUCCUGUCUUCUUCGACAGCUCCCCUCGUGGUAACUCGUGUGCCGAUUUUCCGCGUUACUCUCUGCCUUUGGUGAUUGUUGUUCGUCUCUUCAUUAUAAUCUAUCGUGUAUCUUGACAGUUAUUGAAAGUGGGUACCACAAGUACCCGUGUCCCAAAUGUCACUUGCAAAUAAACACAUGAUUUUUUUUUCGAACACUGACAAUCAUAUCAAGUAGGAAUAACACGGGUAGAAGAUUGCGUAAACCAUUGGUACUACUUUUAAAAACUCGAAUUUGAGACGUGACGUGACGUAGGUCUUCUGUCUUUCGGAAGUGUUUUCAAAUGGAAAUACUAUAUUUGGUUCCCCGGAAACAUUGUGCUAAAUUUCUUUUUAUUUAUAAAAAAAUUGAAUAUUACCUCAUAGUGUGUGAAAAAUUUGUUUCUUUUAAACGUGUUUUACUCAAGGACAUAUUUUUGCCCAAUAAAUUCUACUAUUUUGUAAUACUUGCUCCACGCCACGGGAUGUGUCGUGUUUGGCAGUUGGUUUUAUGAGUUUCAACAGAGGUUUGGAUGCUUUGCUACGCUUUGAAUAAAAUAUAUUGUGUCGUUCUCUCGUAAAUUCGUUUCGUGUUCUCUCCGCUUUAUUCGUACCAAGAGUGGGGGAAAAAAAUAUGUUUUUUUUUUUUUCCCCACCAGCCAGCCAGUGAAGAAUCUUUCGAGCGUGGUUGCAUUGCUCUUUUCCCAGCAUCCUCCAGUCUUCGCGUGUCUGAACAACUUCAUUACGAUGUGACGGCACCCAAAACGUCUUCAGUAUUUCUUCUUGGGCUGUCACCCUUGUCACGCCCAAAGACUAUUUGGUCUGUCAUCAGCAUUUCGUGGUCUUGAUGUCAUUCUUCACAAGUAACCAUGCAGACGCAUCAGUGCCUUACACGGCGUUCACCACGCUAUCCACUUAUCGCUGUGUCCCAGCGUUGAAAUAGCUCAUCUCAUUUCUCUCGUGCUAUUUUUGUACAUUAUUUUUGUACACAUGCUUUGCUCUAGUGUAUAAUUUUUUUUACCCAUUGUGUCGCAUCAAUUUUUUUGUAUUUAUAUUGUAUAUUUGAAUUAAAUCAAUUUAAAAAAAAAUUCGUUUACACUUUUUGUAACGCUUUUUUACUUCGAUCUUACAUGUUUUAUUUAUAUACCUACUUUUUUAACUGUUGACUAUGUGAAACAUUUUUAAUGAAUUAUGUUUUUGCUGGUUCAGAUAAGAUAUUAUUUAACAGAUUUUAAAUUCACAAGUUAUUUAUUUUUGUAACUUCUAAAAAGGAAAGUUUUUUUUUUGUGAAUUGUGCAUUUCGAAUAUUAGAUCGAAUAAUAAUUACUUAUUUUUAAUGCUUCAUUUGCCUUGUGUUUACUCACAUUUAAAUAACUUGUUUGACAACGUUUAAAGUUAUUUACAAAAGUAAAAUAUAGUAAAUUUAACAAGGAAAAUACUGAUAUUUAAAUGUUGUAAAAGUAUGUAUAUUAAGGCUAAAACGGGUCACAUAAAUAUUUGAGUUUUAAUGUUAUUGCAAUUUAGAAUUGUGGUUUGCCUUUUAUUUUUAUGGGAAGAGUUUACGUAUGUUAUAAAAAUAUUUUGGUAACUUGUUUCCGAAGAAUUAUUGUUUGUUAAUCUUACAAAGAGUUUUUUAAUGGGUUUAUAGGCAGACUGUAUCAUAGUUUUUGAGCUGGUCUAAAACACAUGGAAAAACUUUGUUGAAACUAAUUAAAUAAACGCACAGAUAAAAAAAGUGCGACUGAAAGAAAUCCGAGCAUAUAGUGUUAUUAUUAAGUUACUAUGCUGCACAUGAAGACGUGUUUUGUUUGGUGGAAUUGUUACUCCACAUGGUUAUGCACAGAUGCCAUUAGGCAACAGACUUCCAAGAUCAUGCACAGAAAAAAAAUUAUGUACUUUUACAAGAGAUUCCUUUGGAAACCAGUUGACGAAAAAAGUUUUUAAUACAACAGAAAUAAAAUAUUGGAACUUUGUACAACACAUGGCUAUGAUUAUUUUUGAAUAUAUGAAAUACUGUUUUC